AUGUGGAUCCAGCAGCUCCUCGGACUCAGCCCCAUGUCCGUGCGCUGGCCGGGCUGCGCACUGGGGAGCCAGGCCUGGGUGCUGAUAGCCAUGCUGCAGCUCGCCAUGGACCUGCCGGCCUGCGAGGCGCUGGGCCCCGGCCCUGAGUUCCGGCUGCUGCCCCGGCCCUCGCCCCGGCCGCCCCGCCUGUGGAGCGUGAAGAGUGGACAGCCGGCCCGGAUCCCCGCGCCCGUGUGGAGCCCGCGCCCGGCCCGCGUGGAGCGCAGCCACGGGCAGAUGCCCAGCCCCCGCGCCAAGCGGGCGCACAGACCCCGGGACCAGGUGGCCGCCCUGGGGCCCAAGGGGGGGCUCACCAAGCCCCCCGCCACCGCCACCAAGCCCGGCCCUGCCCUAGGCCCCUCGCCCUCCUCCCCGUCGCCCCCCGUGGGUGGCGGGGCCCCCACGGACCAGCAGGCCCUGCUGCGGAGGGGCCGGCGGCAGCUGCCCGUGUUCAACGGCUUCGACCCGCACCCGCGCGGCGGCCGGCCCACCACGGAGGCCGAGUUCAUCGUGUGGGGGCCCACGGGCGAGGAGGACGCCCUGGCGGCCAGCACGGCUCCCGACGGCCCCACCACGGCCUCCUACUUCCAGACGCGGAAGGCCACCGCCGCCACGGCCACCGCGGCCACGGCCACCACGGCCACCACCAUGACGCUGCAGACUAAGGGGGUCACGGCGCCCCUGGACCCCAGGAGCAGGAUCCCCGCUGGGCUCAGCACCACGGAGCCUUCCACCAGUCCCAGCAGAGACAGCGGCAGAGACACCAAGCCCCCGCGGAUCCUGGGGGAGACCUCAGGGCUGGCUGUCCAUCAGAUCGUCACCAUCACCGUCUCCCUCAUCAUGGUCAUCGCUGCUCUGAUCACAACUCUUGUCUUAAAAAACUGCUGCGCGCAGAGCGGGAACCCGCGGCGGAACGGCCGGCCGCGGAAGCUGGCCCAGCAGGAGGAGAGCUGCCAGAACCUGACGGACUUCCCGCCGCCGCGCGUGCCCAGCAGCCUGGACAUCUUCACAGCCUACGGCGAGGGCCUGCAGUGCUCCCACGAGUGCGUGCGCGCCGCCGUGCCCGCCUACGCCGACGACACGCUGCGCUCCGUGGGCGAGUACAAGUCCACGUUCAACGGGAACCGACCCUCCUCCUCGGAUCGGCACCUCAUCCCCGUGGCCUUCGUGUCUGAGAAGUGGUUUGAGAUCUCCUGCUGA